UCAAGUACAAAGAAGAAAAUGCACUCAGUAAAGGAGAAAGUAAGCAACGCAGCUGCCGCUGGUAAAGAGCACGUUGAUAUUCUCAAAGCCAAAGCCGAAGAAAAGGCAGAGAAAGCAGUAGCAAGGACAAGGGAAGAGAAAAGAAUAGCAGAAGAGGUGAGAAAAGCAAAAGAAGCAGAAGCAAAGAUGGAGCUGCAUCAAGCGAAAGCACGUCAUGCAGCGGAGACGCUGCAAUCGAAGCAAUCUCAUCUUAUAGGGCCUCACGGCCACCAUCACGGUACUCAUACGGUUGGUGUUCAUCAAGGCCAGCAAAAUCCAGUGGUCGGUAGUACCAUUCCAACUACUGGUACCGUUGCUCCAACCUAUCCUCUUGGAGGUUACCCUCCUUCGCAUGGCCAUAUCUAA